UCUGGGAAAGGUCUCGCAGGAAAAAUAGAUAAACUCAAUCGAGAAUUGCAUGUGAUCGGGCGCACAGACAGCAAAGCAGCAUUCGCUCACAGGAGCGAACUCAACAAUGCAAGGAGGAUAGUUGUCAAGCUGGGCUCGGCUGUACUCACUCGCCAGGACAACUGCGGCCUCGCUCUGGGUAGAGUCGCUUCGAUAGUCGAGCAAGUUUCGCAGCUGCACAACAACGGCAAAGAGAUGCUCCUGGUGACAUCUGGUGCCGUGGCUUUCGGGAAGCUGACGCUUUCCCAAGCUUUGCGCCUAUCGAUGUCCAUGAGGGAGACUCUGAUCAUGAAGUCUGGCCCUCCCCUGGAAACGGCAAAAAGCUCGGUGGGGACGAGCGCCGCCGUCGGUCAGAGUGGUCUCAUGGCGCUAUACGAUGCGAUGUUCAACCAGUUUGGCGUCAAAAUAGCACAGGUACUGGUGACGAAACCCGAUUUCUACAACCCCGAGUCGAGGAGUUGGCUGCGGCAAACGCUCCUAGAGCUUAUAUCCCUAAACAUUCUGCCCAUAAUCAACACUAACGAUGCCGUGUCUUCGCCCACUUCUCAAUUCGAAGCCUGUGUCGAUGGCUCUCAGAUCCAACUCAUUUCGGACAACGAUGCUCUUGCUGCACACUUGGCAGCGGAAGCGGGAGCUGAUUUGAUGAUAAUGAUGUCCAACGUCGAUGGAGUUUAUACUCUGCCACCAGGUCAAGACGGCUCCUCACUAUUACAUACAUUCUCUCCGAGUACGAGGGAUCGGAUCGUUAUCGGGGAAAAGUCGAAUGUCGGACUCGGAGGAAUGGAUAGCAAGAUCGGGGCUGCGACAUGGGCGGUGGAUAGAGGCGUCUCCGCCGUCAUCUGUAACGGCUUCAAAGACGGCGCGAUCACGCGCAUCGUGAAAGGGGAAAAAGUGGGAACUUUCUUCACCCAGCAUGAAACAUCUUCGACGUCUCUCGAAAAUCUGUCGAUAAGCGCCAAGAACGGGUCCAGGGCUCUGGAAUCGCUGAGCGGAUCUGAACGGGGAGCGAUUCUGCGGAAACUCGCGGAUCUGCUGUUGGAGAAGUCUGACAUGUUGCUUGAAGCGAAUGCAAAAGAUCUUCAAGCGGCAGAGGCCUGUGGGCUCGAGGAGUCCUUGCUCAGCAGACUCUCCUUGGAUCGGACGAAACUGGCGAGUCUCGGGGAUGGCAUCCGCUCGAUAGCUGAGAAAUGUGAGGGCGACGAUAUUCUGGGCAAGGUAAACAUCCGAACGUUAAUCGCGGAUGGAAUCGAGCUACAACAGAUCACGGUACCGAUUGGUGUCCUGUUGGUAAUUUUCGAAUCGCGACCGGAUUGCUUACCGCAGGUCGCCUCCCUCGCCAUCGCUACUGGAAACGGACUCCUUCUGAAAGGAGGCAAAGAAGCCUUCCACUCAAACCGAGCUCUGUUUUACCUGGUCCGGGAAGCGCUGGGCCAAUACAAUGUUCAACAAGCGAUUUCGCUCAUUUCCACUCGAGAAGAUGUCGAUGAGAUCCUGAAUGUGGGCAAACACAUUGACCUCAUCAUUCCACGCGGAUCUGCAGACCUGGUUCGAACGAUUCAACAAAAAUCCAAGGGAAUUCCUGUUCUCGGCCAUAGCGAGGGAGUUUGUCACGUCUAUGUCGACAAAGAUGCUGAUUUCGAGAGCGCCUAUGAUAUCGUACGUGACGCGAAAUGCGACUAUCCCGCUGCUUGCAACGCGAUGGAGACCUUACUGCUGCAUCAGGACUUGAUCGAAUCGGACUUCUUCUCGACAAUGUGUUCUAUUCUCCGCAAGGAAGGCGUCACCGUGAACGCGGGACCCCGACUGUCUCAGCGUCUGACUUUCGGUCCCCCAGCGACGCAGUCUCUCAGAACGGAAUAUUCGCGUCUUGAAUGCGCAAUCGAGGUUGUAGACGACGUGAAGCAAGCCAUAACGCACAUCAAUACUUAUGGGAGCGGCCACACUGACGUGAUUGUCACGGAAAACGUCGCAGCCGCUGAGGACUUCUUGAGAUCUGUCGAUUCUGCCUGCGUAUUCCACAAUGCUUCGACGCGUUUCGCAGACGGUUAUAGAUUCGGAUUGGGAGCUGAGGUCGGAAUCUCCACCGGCAGAAUACAUGCUCGAGGACCAGUUGGUUUGGAAGGUCUGCUGACGACCAAGUGGCAAAUUCGAGGGAGCGGGGAUACCGUUGCGGACUUCAGUAAAGGCAAGCGGAAGUAUAAACACGAAGCAUUGCCGGUCAGCCCCGACAGUGACGAAUUUCGUCGGGCUUCAGCGAUCUCCGCCGACGAUUCCUAG